UUUCCCGCAGCCCGGGCGGCGGGAGCGCGGCUAUGGACAACGGCGGCGUCUACAACGCGACCACGGAGCCGCAGCGCAAGGCGCCGCGCGGCCGCUGCGCCUGCACCCUGCGCCACCUGCGCGGCUGGCCGCAGCGCGCCGCCAAGGCGCUCCAGGCGCUCUUCUCCCUGCUGGCGGUGAUUUGUGAGGAGGCCGUGGCGAGCUGCCUCCGCUGCGGCGGCCUCUACGUCUUCGAGUUCACGAGCUGCAGCGCGCUGCUGCUCAGCCUGCUCGCCCUCUGCCUCCACUGCACCGCGGCCUACGAGGCGCUCGGCGGCCACAACGUGCGCAGGCUGAAUUUUUAUGCUAUGCCAAGCAUAGGUGCCGUGUUCCUGUUAGCUUCGGUAGUGCUUGCUGCAACCAGCUCUGGAUCUCAUUUAGAAAAAGCUGCAUGUGCAUUUGGGUUUUUUGCAAGUACUGCUUUUUUAGCAGAAGGGAUUAUGAAUUAUUUGGAUAAACGGAAAGAAGCCACUGAAAGUCGUUCGGAAAACCCUGUCCGCGUUCAGACCGCCACAGAGAAUCAGCCACUGAAUAAGUAAAGCUAAGCCUGGCAGGUUGUUUUCUAACUGAGCAAACUAAAAGUUUCCAUGCACUGUAAAUAACUUACUCCAUGCAUUGUAAAUAACUUAUUCUCUCUUUUCCUACUAAUCAGUUCUGUAAGCGUUGCUCGUCACAAGUUUUGGUAGAUCCUUCAGUCUAGCAGUGGUGUCUGGGCAUCAUGUGCUAUAUAAUUCCAGAGGUAACUGAUCCUGCUUAAUAACUGCCUAAGUGUAUCUGCCAGGGAUAUGCCCUGGCAUAUACUAAAAAAAUUGUGCCUAGUUUGAAUAAUUUCAGGGCAAUAGAGUGUGCUGAUCUGACUCUCAGUACGGAUGAUUAUUAAAAGAUAAUUUAUGGUGUAUAAAUUCAGGGUUAUGUUCUAAAGAGAUUUUCUACAUAAAUGGACUAGAUACUUCUGUUACUAAUCACAAACUGUAUUUUUUUUACACACUGAUCAAACUGUGAAUGGAAAAAGGGACAGCUAGUUGCAGCCUCACAAGAAAUCCUGAUCCUUCCAUUAGGGUUUUCAUUUUGCUUUUACUACUCGGCACAGUUCUGUCCAUGGAGCUCAGUUUAAUGAAACGGGUUUUUACGGGACAGUUCUGUCCAUGGAGCUCAGUUUAAUGAAACGGGUUUUUACAGGCAAUAGUUUAAUCCUAUAUUAGAGAGACAGCUCUGCAUCCCACGGUUGCCGAUGUUUAACACUGGAUGCCAGAAUCUCCUUCCCUAUUGUUUCAAAGGCAAGAAAAGCUGCAAGGAAAAGGUUGGAGGACAAAUACUUGCAAGAAUUAACCUAAAAAAGUAGCAGCUGGGAAUACCAUGGGACAAAUAUACCAGCAUUUCAGCACUGCCAGCCCAACAUCAUGCUGGGGGUGCAGGCCAACAAGGAGCUCUGCCAGAGGUCUCCCGAAUUCCAGCAUGCAUUUUGCCUAUGGAUAUGCUGCUGGUUUGAGCCUUUCUGCUCCUGGCUGGCACCGCUGGGGAGCCGAUGGGUAACACGCGAUUCCGAGAGUCACAGGGAGUCCUGUGUCCCUGCCCUGUCGGCAAAGCAGCAGGAUGAGAGAGACGCGAGGGGCCGAGCAAGCAAUGGGCUCAGAGCAGGAGGUCAUGGCCAAAGGAGAGGCGGCCAAGAGACCUUUCGUCCAGGUGUCCCAGGGAGAAAGGAACCCGCUUGGAGGACGGCGGAGCAGAGGCUGUUCCGACAGCCAGCACAAAUGAGCAAAGUGUGCUGAAGCAGAACCGGAUCUUGCCCGACUUCCCGUGACGUUUGCCCUGUCUUCUUGGCUCCAGUUCUGCAGGGCCCUAAUGUGAGAGAUUCCCAGAACUGGGAAUCGUGUAAGCUGAGGUGGCAUCACGGCGACUAAGCCCCGCCAAAGGUUGCCGAGCAUUGCUGUCCUUGGAAUGGGAGGAGGAAGCUGAGACAAAGCUCCGUGCAGGAGCGUCGGAGUCGCUCCGGUGGCGCCGCGCUCCCGUGAACGUGACGCCACUUGUUGGUGACGUUUUCUCUUUGUGCUCCCAGACCUUAAUCCCAACACUACGCUUUGCUGGGGAUCUGAGGCAUCAGGUGGAAGCUGCAGCUUGGGUUCAGAGCCAUCUAUAAAAUACUUGCUUUCCUUCAGGGAGCUUCCUGCUUUGCGAAGAAGAAACCUCCUCUUUGGACUGUUGUGUUCUAUUUAUUUGUGUCCGUUUGUAUUAAAACUUGAUGUUGAUGGCCGUAACUUUCUCUCAAAACUAGGUAGAUAGAGAUAUGUUUUGUUUACAAGCAACGUUGCUGGUGAUGUGAACUAUCCAAAAGGAAAAGCCUCUGUCAUAGCUGUAGCUUCUUCCUUUUGGGUGCGUGUCCGUAUCUGGGAUUAACAUUCUCAGAUUUCUUUCUUUCUUUCCCACUUAUAUCCCAGGAUACUACUGGAUUUGUAUUUGUAUCAAAAUGGCCGUAGCCUCUAAGGCUUGAUACAUAAUUAAACUAUAGGUAUUACGUAACAAUAAGACUGUGCUGCUGCUAUUUAUUAAGCCAUGCAGCACGAAGGCAGGGCUUUACCCUCAGUUAACUUUGCCUUCACACUUUAACCUUUCUCAUCUUGAAAGCACAUGGCGAGCUGUGGUUCUCUGCUGUUUCCCUGUAGGUUUUCACCCUGCCCAAGUGCUGUUUCCUCCCUAAAUGAUGGGUGUUGCGGGGGACCUGUCCCGUCCCAUCCCCUCAGUGAGUGGCAGGCCCUGCUGAUGCUGCGCUGUGCCGAGGGCGCCGUGUAGCACAGGUUGCAGCACUGCGCUGGUGCCGAGGGCAUCCUCGGCCCCCGUUGGACUGCUCCUUAGCCCCAGUUUCUGCAUGUGCUGCCCACUGCGGCUGUAGCUGUCCCAAGCGGCCGUUCCUGGCCGCUCUGCUGCUCCGCAUACCCCUGCCCCGAGGAAGGCCCCGAUCCAGGCUCUGGAGGUCCCUGCUCUUGGUCACACCGACACUGGAGGGUGCGGCGGGAGCUGCACGAAGGGUCUGGAUCUGCAGCUCUGUGCCUGUGACUGGGUGUCCCGUGUUCCUCCCGGGCUGUCAGCAGAGGCUCCCCAGCCUGCAGGAGCUGGGGCUGCUGUGAUCAAAGGCGCUGUUGCCCGUGCUGAAGCGACCUGCGCUGGGCUGCACAGAGGCAGCUCGGGGCCACACCAGGGGGAUGAGCAACCUGCUCCCCAUCUCCCCUUUGCUUGCAGGUGAGCACCGUGCGCCACGUGGAGCACGAGUGAAGCCUGUGGCCAGGCUGCCAACUUCCCUGUGCAUCCUGGAGGCAGCUCCGUGUCCUCCCCUUGGCCCACAUUACUGUUACAAUCCUCAUCUUUAUCCUUCGGGCUCAAAUGCAUGAAGGGAUCGUGCUAUCAGUCUGCUCUUGAAAACCGCAGGGGAGGGUUGACGUCUGUUACAAUUCAGUCCUACUCCUACCCCCUCCACCUCAAAACUGCAGGGAUUUUUAUCCCGCGCAAUUCCCAGAGCCUUGCA